AUGAGCGACGACCGGAUUGCAGUGAGCAGAUCAUCCUCCGAUGCAUCGCCUUCUCUCCUGCUCGUGGAUACGCGCGCGUCUCAGUCGCUCGAGCCGAUUCGUCUACCGGCCAAGCUGCGAGAUCGGAUCGAGCGAGCUCAACGUCGUGCCAACGCCGCCAAGGAGGGCGUCUCCAUCUUCACCAAGAAUUCCAAGGACUCGGCGAUCUCUGGGCCUCCAGGCGCAGCAGCUAGAAGAAGUACCACAGCUCCAGCAGCGGAGACCACAACGGCUGCAACCUUGGGCGAAAUUGGGGACCGCCACCGUGCUUCGGCUUUAAGCGAUGAGAAGAUGCACCUGCCCGACGUCGUGCUUAGCCACAAGAUGAGGGACUUUGAGGCUCGCGCGAACACAGGAGGAGGUGUAGCGCUCUUCUCAGUGGAGCCAGCCGACCGCAGCCUGCAGAGGCUCUCGCUGGAAGACCGUGAGCGGGUGAUGCUGGUGAUGCAGAGGAAGAUCCAACAAAUUGCCAGCGAUGUGGACGCAAACUUUGCGCGCAUCACGAAGGCGCUGGAUGCGAACGGCAUUUUCGACUCGACUGCCAACAUCCAACGUGCUCAGACUCUGUGUCUCGUGGACUUGCAGCGCCGGUGUAAGCUCGAUCGGCUGCGUGAUGAGGCAAUGCGGGAGGUGCUGCAUAUACCGACGUCGCCCAAGAGGAAAAACUCCAUGUAUCCCGGCCAAAGUGCCUUCCCUCAAGCCUCCCACAAGCUCAGCCAACUGCUGAGACCAUCGAGUCGAGCGACAUCUGCCGGGACGGCAUCGGUAGCACGAAGUACAGCAGCGACCAAGCGGAGGAAGCGCAAAGUGGUCCAAGCGUCGAAACUUCCAGCUCUGCGUGCUACAGAAGGCAGUCCAAGCAGGAGAUCUAGCAGUAACAACCAGACGUCACCCUCGCCACUCUCGCGCCAAGACGCUCCAGCUAACGACGGUAAUCGCAGUCCAAGCGUGCUGAGGAUGCAAACGCGCCGCGGGGGACUCGCGCCGCCUUCAACCAGUGCACAGCUCGCACGAGAAGAUGUCGGAUUCAAUACGGCGCCUGCCAACACGAACGCCAACGACGGGGAUCUGUACGCGCGACACCCUCACGUGGCGCAGGUGCUGCAGUUGUUAGCUACAGGCGAGAGCUCGAAUGCCAAGGCGUCUGGCCUCUUCAACGUCAACAGCGCCGAAGCCGACAUGGAGCACGUUCGAAUGCUGGACCCGGCCGACGAGUGGAUGCAACGCUCUCCAAGCUACCAGGCAGUCGGCGCGCGGGGUGCUAAAGCGCUUCGUCGAUGUGGUGAGCGUCAGCGCUGGGAUACGCUGGGGCACUUCGGCUCCAAGUUUGUGUGCUCAGGUCUAACGUUUAUACCCGUGGAGCUCCGUCAGCGGCUCGAGGAUCAGCAUUCCUACUGGAAGAAGGCCCAGGACACGUCAAGAAGUGGCGAUGGUGACGAGAGUGGCAGGGCGGUGGACGCUGGCAAAGCAGGUGGGCAAAGGGACAGCGAAGUCUAUGCCGAGCUCCAGGCCCGCAUCCGAGAGCGUCUUAUCGCUAAUGAGAGGCGAACACGGACAGCAGCUGCAGCUGUGCGGGCGACAAGCAAGAUCCACCAGUUACGCCUCCCACAGACAGCGCCAGCGAAGAUAAUGGCAGCUUCAGCCUCGGCAGUAUCACUACCGGUGGCCGGGAACCAGCCACAACACCCCACAAGUCCUUCCUCAGGCCUAGUGAUCUCCGCAUCCGAGCCAGCUCUACCCGUUACCACGACUAUGGGGCAGAAGAUCAUCGUGAAUCCGUCCCAGCCGAUCUCAAGGCAUGGCCGGCGGAAAGAGUCGCUCAUCGGUGCGCCUCGAGGUCAACUGGACGUCGAUGCGAUCGGCCGUCACUCGGAAGCCCGGUUAGCCUAUCGUAGGGAUACAGCCCAGACCUGGGCGUGGCAUCUACCGCCUGGAGCCGCUUCUGGUAAUGGGGUCGAUACGAUUGCGGAGGACGAGGAGGAGAACAACGAAGAGAAGGACAGAUUCGACGAAGAUGGUUGUGAUCAAGGUGAUGAAGAGGACGACAGCGAAGAAGGAGACGAGGGAGAAGAAGGCACUGAGUACGGCGAUGACGACGUGGAGAGUGUCGACAGCAGUCGCACCAGCUUCUCGGCUCGUAGCUCGAUGAGCAUGUCGUCCGUCAAACGGCGCACCGGCAGUGGCAACAGCAGGAGAAACAAUGGCAAGGGCAAGAGGCCGCCGGUUCUGCAGCAUCGAGCAAGUCGCGGCCCAGGAGGUCGCUCGGCGGGGAACGCCCUAACCGGUCAUGCUCUCAGUCUUCACGCCCGGUUGGAGGCCAUCUGGCGAGUGCUGCAGUUCCCCUUCUCGAACAAACUGGCGAUGCUGGAGCGACUUUCAACUCUGCAAGACGCUGACGCGUUUCUGGCGGCUCUGGAGCACUGGGAGCGGGUCACUCCGCUCGUGGCGAUCCGCCAACGCAUGAAGCUCGCCCUCUCUGGAUUCGCUGAGCGCGGGGAUCUGCGCCCGAAUGAAUGGCUCACUACAUCAGAGUUCUCUCUGGUGGCGGCGCUGCCUCAACCCUCGAGCAAGAACUUACCCGAGUCAAACUCGGAGACGCUGCCGCCAUUCAAGCCCUCGACUCGAGAGUUCGACUCGAUGUCUCCAUCCGCCUUCGUCACCUGGGUCCGUGACCACAUCGAUGCGGUGACACUGCAGAUACAAAAGCUAGGGAGCGAGCUUAAAGCCCACACAGGAGAAGAGCUUCAGUUCCAGGGCCAUCCAUACCCACGCCACGUUUAG